AUGAAUGAGGAAUACUACGCGAGGAGGAGGAAGUGUAGUAACUUUGAUACCGAGCUUAACGCGCACCGCAACUUCACGUGUCUAGAGGUUAUCUUCAAGUUGAAACGCCGGCUCGGGUACCACCUGUUCAACACUUACAUCCCAACUUGCCUGAUCGUCAUUAUGUCUUGGGUAUCCUUCUGGAUCAAACCAGACGCAGCUCCAGCGCGAGUGACUCUCGGAGUGACGUCCCUCCUCACGCUGUCUACGCAACAUGCCAAGUCACAAGCUCAGCUCCCGCCCGUCUCCUAUCUCAAAGCCGUCGACGCCUUCAUGUCUGUCUGUACCGUGUUUGUAUUUAUGGCCCUGAUGGAAUACUGUUUGGUCAACAUCGUGCUUGGUGAUGGCGCUGGAAAGCCUAAGGAAGCAGCGGAAGCGGCCAAAGCUCGCAUGCGUGCGAUCAACAUAGACCGUUUCUCCCGCGUCUUUUUCCCGCUGCUGUUCUCAGUGCUCAACGCGACGUACUGGCUGCAGUUCGCUCAGUAUAUCUGACUGCCUGUCUUCAGUACCCUCCAGUAUUACAUUAUUAUCAUAGUUGUUGUCAUUUUUUGCUUUUAUUAGAUCGUUCUUAAUACUCAUUAUAACCUCAAUGGCUGCAUUUCGAGCAAUAGUUACAUCUACAAAAGAUAGUUCAAUUACUGAUCGCAAAUAAUCACACAAUUCCCUGCUGUCUAUAAUAUCUAACGUAAGAUUAGAGAUGAAAGUAUUUUUCGGAUCCAAAUUAUG